CCGAUGACUACUACUGACAACUGACGCUUUGCAGUCAGUCAGUAGUGACUCUUGACGCUCUUGACACAGGGGCAAGAGGGGACACAACAUGACAACAAAGUUUACUAUUUCUAUAAAGUAAACUAGAAAGGUUUUUUUUUUUUGUUUCUAUCCCAAACAGAGUAGCAAUUUUGGAGAUAAAUAUAAAAAGUUGCUUCAAAAUUUUUUAAUGACCUUUCAGCAAUGGCGCAAUCCAAUCUGGGCCCCCAAGAUUUCAUCAAGGAUGCUUUUACACCCCAAAUUGCUGUUAUGUGCACACAAGCAGUACGCAAAUGUUGCGAAAAGAAUCACUUGGAUUUUACAGAACUUCUACAACCAUUUUCUAAACUCACAAACGAUGUAAGCUAUAAAGAUUCAACUGGUAUCGUAACAACAGUAAAAAAUUUGAAACUAGCAUUCUUUGAUGUCAAAUCAAGACCACCUCAAACAACAUUGGCAAGAAAAUUAUUGAACUCAUCAGUUGGAGAAGCACCUAAGCCUAGAAUGAAAAUAUAUGAAACCAAGAAUUACCAAUUUGAAAUCCCCCAGUCUACUCCCUGGUUUGAAAGCUGGAAAGAAACCUUUUUGAAAGUGCAAUACCCAUCAGAUCAUGAAUUCACAAAACAUUUCUUAGGCUGUUUGUUGGUUGUGUCCUCUACUGAUGAUCAUCCAGUGGAAGCAAUGAUUCAAUUAACCCAAAAUUUAAAUGAUUUACAAAAUGUAAUUGAUCCUGGAAAAUUGCCAAAAUGGUUUAAUUCAGAUGUAUUCAAGUAUUAUAUUAUUCUACACGAUAAUGUUGAAGGCGAGAUAUCAGUAGCAACCAGUGCUUUUGAAUCUCUAAAAACAUCUUAUGGAGCUCCAAAUUGUUUCUUGUUGAAAAUGAAUUCUCGCACUCCAGGACAAAAUAAUCAAGAACAUUUGGCAGAUCCUUGGUGUCAAUUUUUAAACAAUAAAAUUGAUAUUGAAUGUUAUCAAACCAGUUCUGAUGAUUCCCCAGAUCUGAGACAGCAUUCAUUAGAAGUAGGACAAGAAGCUAAUGAACUUAAAAAUACCAAUUACCAUCCUUUGAGUCCAGAACUUGAGUACAAUAUGAAUGAUUUAGACAUGGAAAAAGAUGAGUCUGCAUUCAAAAGUGUAGAAAAAUGGAGCCAUGGUGUUUGUCUGUCUGUAGAUGAUAUCGAACAAAUCAAAGCAAUGAUAUAUGAAUUAACAAAAUUGUGUUUGAUACCCUAUUUAGAAAAACAAUUGGCGAUACUUAAUGAUUGUGUUGCAAAUAAAAAGGGAAUGAGCAAAUCAUUGUUAAGUGCUACAAAACGUUGGUUUACUGCUAAUAAACCAACUGCAAGUACAACCUCAGUUAAUAAUUUAAUUUAUCCACUAGAUUCUCCAGAACUUCAAAUAAGAAAACUAGCAGAUCUAUAUUUCAUGUUUGGAAAUUACUCUGCGGCAUUCCAAGCUUAUCACUCGGCCAAAAGGGAUUAUAAUGCUGAUCAAGCUUGGUUGUACUAUGCUGGUGCACUAGAAAUGGCAUCAUUAGCUGCGUUUAUGGCUAAUGAAUCUUCUAGAAAGACUUAUGAUUAUAUGGAAGAAGGCAUUACAACUUAUUUAGUUACCUGCAAAUUACCUCAGUUUGCGACAAGAGCAACUAUACUAAGUUUCGAGUGUCUCAAAUUUAAACAGCUCUAUGGAGAAACUGCUCACCAGUUAAUAAGAAUGACAAGUGAGGAUUCUGAUUUACGAUCUGCGCUUCUAUUGGAACAAGCCUCUUAUUGUUUUUUACAAUCAAAUAUGUUCAGAAAAUAUGCAUUUCAUAUGGUGCUUGCUGGUCACAGAUUUUUUAAGGCUGCCCAGAAAAAACAUUCUUUGAGGUGCUACAAACAAGCAUAUCAAAUAUAUGAAAACACUGGAUGGGCUUUGGCAGCUGAUCACAUUCAUUACACAAUUGGACGAUUAGCAAAUAACCUUCAAAAAUUCGAUGAGGCUGUUAUCUCAUUUGCGAAAUUAUUGACUGGAGAAAGUAAACAGUCAGCAUCGCAACAAGGGACAUUUUUAAAAGAAUAUCUUACAAUUUUAGAGGUAAAGUUAAAAAUGGACGAUUCUAAAGAUAUGCCUAUUCUCCCAGUACCAGAAGUAAAUAAUUCCUUGAUAAAAGUUCUUGUUGGUCCAACAAAACCUUUAUCAACUCCUGGAAAAGUACCUGCAGAAGGCAUACAUUUCAAUAGUUCUAAAGAUUCGAAUUCGGAAUCUAGAUGGCAUAAGCUAGAGGAAAUGCUUUUGUUAGAGGAACCUGGGAAUGUACCGCUUAUAUUUAAGCCAAUGGCUACUUUGUACUCUGCAACUGCGAUGAACGCUAACACUCCUCUAGCCAUUAUUAAUGAACCAAUUCAAGUUUCUGUUCAGUUAUCCAACCCACUUCAGACAAUAUUGCAACUUAAGAAUCUGUAUUUGCUAUGGAACUAUAGAAAUGAUGACGAAAGAGUUUCGAAUCUAGAGAUUAAUGAAAAUUCUGAUAAAUAUAUAAAAACCUAUGUUACCAAGUCAAUAAUUAUUCAAGGAGGUUCCAUGCAAGACUUGAUUUUAAAUUUAACUCCAUUGGUAACUGGCGAUGUUACUAUUACUGGCUUAUGCUAUACUUUGAUGGAUUCUAACAAUAAUGCUGAUUCUAUUUCUAUUAAAGGAAAAAAGGAAUUCAAUGUUUCUAGUAAUAGUAGUCUCAUAAAGCAUAUAAAUUUGAAAGUAGUACCUUAUGCUCCAUGUCUACAGAUGAUUUUUUCUGACAUAAAUUUGGAAUUUCUAUCGGGAGAAUUGCAAAGAGUGUCUGUAGACCUUCAAAAUACUGGCUCUGUUCCUCUGAAAAACAUUAUGAUAGCAACUUCUGUGCCUCAUUUAUUAAGCAAUUGUGAGCUUAAGCCUAAUGUAAAAGAGUAUACUGUAAGUGAUGGAGAUAGUAUUCAGAUAAAAGAUAAAUUAGCCAGAAAAAAUCAUAUAACAACUAUACCACUCCCAGACAAUAUACUAGAAAGUGGUCAAACGAUUUCGUUUCAUAUCUGGAUAAAAGCACCAUCGGAUAAAGGACCCUCUAUUGUUGAUUUACUUACUUAUUACGAAAAUAUUGAUAGCAAAAGUGUGCCUAGAUACAGACUGAUAAGGCACUCAUGGAAUUUAUCUGUACAAGAGUCAAUUUCCGUAGAAGUUUCAACUCAAACCAGUUAUAAUUCAAGUGUGGCCGAAAAUCUAGCACUUGCGCUGAAAACAACCAACCUCAACAGAAUUCACAAUACAAUAUCAACCGAAAUAACUUUACUUAAUAUUGCUCUAGUUAGCAACAACUGGAUUUUAACCAAAGAUAUUGUGACACCAAAAUAUAUUAAUUUAAAUUCUCAAGAAUCGGCACAUAUUUUAAUCAAAGCAAAAAGAAAAGUUCACCAAGACAAUCAAUACUCUAGUAUACCACUGAGCUCUGAUAAAGCCGAAUUACCACACUUACCAACAGCUCUUCGUGUGUUUGCAAGAAAAAGUCAUGAAACUUUGUUAAACUCCUUCCAGAAUAAUUUCAAAUAUAAAACAAGAGAUGGAACUUUAAUUUUAGAGUGGAAAGCUUUAGUUUCUGAUGGAUCUGAGAGAAGAAUUGUCCAUGGUCAAACUUGUGUUCCAGUAGAAAUUAUUAGAGGAGAACAACAAUUAGAUGCGCUAAUAUCUGAUACAGUUAUAGAUUUAAAUAGUUCUUUAACUGAAGAAGACCGUAGCAUUGAAAAUGCCAAAAAACAAGUUACUUAUAACUUGCUUUAUCCUCCAGUGGUUACGCAUAAUUUCAAAAAUAGAAGUACUUGUGUGGUUCCAGUUACUCUAGUAUUACAUAGCAUUAUUGAGAAUGAUAUCAUCAUCAUGAUUAAUACGAUUGAUCCUAGUUUGAAAACCGACACCAACGUAAAUAGAUUGAAUAAAUCGAACUUAUCUAAUUCGCAAGCGGCAAGUAAUUUUUCCUGGGUAUCGAGCGGAAAAAUAAUUCGCACUCUUCGGCCAUUGACCACAUCCUCUGUAAAGCUUUCUGUGAUAGUGGUUAGCCCUGGCACAUUUGACUUGGGAGCUAAUUUAGGUAUAUAUUGCAGUGCUUUGGGGGCGGACCAUAUUCCAGUUUUACAAUUAUAUGAAGUUCCUUCAUCGUUAAUUGUCGUUGAUAGUUACAGUUAGCACUGUCGAAUCUCUUCUUCAGAGCCUUUGUCAAACCUUUAGUAACUACAAUUCUUUUUUUUUAUUAAGAAAGUUUAUAUUGUUAAUUUAUAUAAAAGUAAUGUUUUUUUUUGAGUUUCUGUUAUCGUACAGCUUUAUAUUAAUAUGCUUUUUUUAUUAUACAUAUAAUUUUUCUAUGAUAUCCAAAAAUUAUCUAAUUAAGAACAAGAAAACGAACUAGAACGUUAAAGGCCCCAUACACUACGAUGAAACACGACGGUUUUCAUCGCCACGAUGAAACACAUCGUUCCAAAACCGAAGUGUGUGGUAAAAAACCGUCGUGUUUUUCUACCACACACUCCGGUUUUGGAACGACGUGUUUCAUCGCGGCGAUGAAAGCCGUCGUGUUUAAUCGUAGUGUAUGGGGCCCUUUACGCAUGUAAAAUAUUGUUACAAAUAAUUAAGAUACUGUUGUUUUAAUAAUUUUUAUUAAAAAAUUAAAUAGCAAAACCGAAAUAGUUUUUUUACAUCCUCAUCCUAAGCUCUUAAAAAUAUAUUUCCAGUGGUAAAUAAUAGAACGAUGUUGGACCUAAUUUUCAUGUUCCUUUAUCAGAAUGAACUCCACUUUCAAAAAACGCUUUAACUUUGCUGGCUGCUUUUGUUGGCAAUAGCCUAAAAGGAAGAAAAAAAUGAAUAAGCGUGUAUCUACAGUGUGUCCCGCUUAAGGACUGACCACCCUUCUAAAAUUUUUAUUUUUCAACCGAUUCAAUUUUUUUUUUUUUUUUGUCUUAUAGCUACUCGUAUUUGGCACUUAUUAGGCUCAUACUUUUAUUUCUCCGGCUGUACUGGUGUACAGGGUGUCCACAUUUAUAGGCUCAAAUUUCAAUAAGUAGGUACUAUUAGGGAUUUUUUCAGAAAAAAUCUGAAAGCAGAUUCUUGGCAGAUUGGCCUAAAACCCCAGUGUACUGAUUUUCCUUUCAAUAUGAUAUAGGGUGAUCAUAACAAAUUUUCAAAAUUUAAUGGAACCAAACCGAAAAAAUGUCAUUUUUUGAGGCCCCGAGAACAACAAAACUUGAUACAACAUAAUUUUAGAACAUCCUUAACCAAAACUUGUGGUAAGCUUGUCUCUUAAUACAUUUUUGUGGUUUGAUUCAUUAAAUUUGUAAAAUUUGUUGUUAUCGCCCUGUAUCGUAUUGAAACAAAAAUUAGUACAUUUGGGUUUUAGACUAUUCUAAACAAGAAUCUGCUAUCAGAUUUUUUCUAAAAAAAUCUCUAAUAGUACUUAUUGGAAUUUGAGCCUAUAAAUGUGGACACCCUGUACACCAGUACAGCCGCAGAAAUAAAAUUAUGAGCCAAAUAAGUGCCAAAUUCGAGUAGCUAUAAGACAAAAAAAAAAUGAAUUGAAUCGGUUGAAAAAUAAAAAUUUUAGAAGGGUGGUCAGUCCUUAAGCGGGACACACUGUACAGGGUGGUUGAUUUUCGAUAGUUUGAUAGGGUACAGCCAAAAUGGCCGAAGAUACUGAGAAACUGAUAUACGCUUCCCGUCCUAAAUGGCGAAAACAACAAAAAACACUUUUUUCUACAAACGUUACUACAAGUGUCAUUUUUAACGGAAGCUGUCAGUGUCUUAGAUGCCAUUUUAUGACACUGGUGUUAAAAGUGAUUACUUUUAGUACCUACUGAGUGCUAACAAAAAUUUUGGAUGCUUUUUUGAAGGAUAAAUUUCGAAAAAGAAAAAUUCCGGAAUUUUCCUUCCGGACUAAUUUCAAAAAAAAAAUCUGAAAUUUUUCUUUUCUCGAAAUUUUCCCUUCAAUUUUUUUUUUAAAUUUUUUCCGAAAUAAAAUUUUAAUUUUUUUUUUUUUUCCUGGAAGAAAAUUCCAGAAUUUUGUUUUUCCAAAAUUUUUUUUUCAAAGGAAAUUCCAGAAUUUUUUUGAAAGUUUUAGAAAUUAAUUUGUCAUUUUUCCUUCAAAAAAGCAUCCAGAUUUUUUUUAAAUAAAUUAAAUUAAAUUUCAGCUCUUUUCCCUGAAAGAAAUAUUGCAAUUUUUUUUUAUUUUUUGAAAAAGAAUUUUUUUUAUUUUUUGUAAGAAAAUUCCAGAAUUUUUCAUGUUUUGAAAAAAAAAAUCCAGAUUUUUUUUUUGAAAUUUGUCAUUUUUCUUUCAAAAAUGCAUCCAGAUUUUUUUUUUUAAAGUUUCCAAAAAUUCAAUCCCAGAUUUUUUUUUUGUUUCUAAUUUUUCCCUGAAAUAGUUAUUUAUGCAACAAGUGUGUAAAAUGUGAUUGUCGAACUCGCCUUCGGCUCGUACGUCAUAAUUCACAUUCGUGAAAAAAGGUGCUAUACGCACGUAUUGCAUACAAACAUUUUUCUACUACCAAUCAAAUAUGUGUACAAAAAUAAAUUUAGACAAAAACAUACUUUACGCACUAGUGCGGAAAAUAUUUCCACUUUACGCACUGGAGCGUGAAGUAAUUUACCAGAAAAAUACUAAAUUGACAGUGUCCGACAUUUGUCAUUGACAUUACUUCACGCACUAGUGUGUGAAGUGAAUUACUUUACACACUUGUGCGUGAAGUGAAAUUUUACGUAUUCUGAAUAGUUUGUAAAGUGAGUACUUUACGCACGGUAGUAGAAAAAAGUGUUUUUUGUUGCUUUCGCCAUUUAGACUAAAACAAAAUAUCAUGUGUUAUGUAUCGUUGAACUCGCAAUUUUUUUCUCAAAAUACUGAACCAAUAAGAUACAGGGUGUUCCAUUUGAAAAAUCUUUGUUUUUUCCAAUAUCUCAGAAGAUAAAGCUCCCAUAUUUUUUCUAAGUACGCCACUGGAUUCUACGUGAAAAAAGACUUAUUUUUCCUUUUUGCACUUUUUCUAUAUCUCCGUAGGGUAAGAAGUUAUAGAGGAUUAUAAAAAACAGCUGAUUUUGAAAAACACCCUGUACCUCGCAAACCAAACUUGUUCGCCAAGAUCUGACUACACCAUCAAAUGACACACUAAAAAAGAGGACGGGAAGCGUAUAUCAGUUUCUCAGUAUCUUCGGCCAUUUUGGCUGUACCCUAUCAAACUAUCGAAAAUCAACCACUAUACCGGGUGACUACGAGAUUACCAAGCUCUAUUUUAGACAUGGAAAUCGAUAUCAAUUGGAAAUUUUGAGGAUGUACAUACAUAUAAUAUUGAUAUCGAUCGAUGCACAAUUUCACCAUAAAAACAAUUGACUGUCACUUCCGGUUUGACCAGAAGUGCCCUCAACAACUAAGAUUGUCCGCUAUAUCAUUAAAUUUCUGGAUUCUACGAAAAAUUCUCAGCAUAUUUCAUGCAUAGGUAUCUUAUAGGUUACUUUAGCAAUUUUCGAGAAUUUAGUUUUGACAGAAAACAAUUGAAGCUAGGCUCAAAGCAAUACGAUAUUUUCAACUUUUAGAGGCGCUAAACAGUCCUACCACAAAAAUAAUUUCACUUCCGGUUGACAUUUUCAGUCGCGAUUUUCUCGAAAGCUGUUGAAGUUAGGUAUAGGAUAUCAUGCAUUAAUAUGCUUAGAAUUUUUCGUAAAAUCCAAAAUUGUGAUAAUAUAGCGAACAAUCCAUUUGCAAUCAAGAAGUUGAAGGCACUUCCACAGUCAAUUGUUUUUAUGGUGAAAUUGUGGAAAUUUCAAAUUGAUAUCGAUUUCCAUGUCUAAGAUAGAGCUUGGUAAGUAAUCCCGUGCUCACCCGUAUACAUAGAUAUAGGUAUUUAACAUUUUAAAAAUAGAUACAUAAAGGUUCCAAUAUAAAAAUAUACGCUAUGGAUUAUCUGAGAAUAGUUACUGAUACAGUGAUAAGAAAUUAAUUUUACAUCUCAAUGAUGACUGGAGUAGCAAUGCUCAAUUUUUUUCUGAUUUGAACUCUUAGGUACCUAUCUUCGAAUUACUGUUGCAUGCAUUCUUUUCUUAUGUGGGACACCCUGUAUCUGCAGGAUUGUAUUAAGUUAGGAAACGGUCUCAUAUUCCAGAGGCAUCUUCCAGUGGCCUAACUUCAAAUCCGGGGUCCCCCCGCAAGGAUUUUCCCGGGGCCCAUCUCUUAUGUAUAUAUUUUUUUUUCCAUCUCAUUUUUCUUUUUACAGGGUGUCCGUUUUAAGUGAUACCCCUAUUGCUAUCUCCAAACCGGUAAGAGGGACUAGGUCGGUCAAAUUAGAUAAAAGUGGCACAUUUUAGUAUCCAUUGAAGGUAAGUGCACAGGGUUGCCAAGUUUUUGUUCGUUUCCGAGAUAUAAGGGAAAAUGUAGAAAAAAUUAAAACCUAUUUAAUGAAUAUUUUAAAAUCUAUCAACUUUAGAAAAAAGUGUUCAUACAAAAGAUUCAAGAUUCUACAAAAUGAUGUCAUUGUUAUCUUCACACGGCUUUUAGUUGUGUUUACAUUUUCCUUUAUAUCUCGGAAAAGAACAAAAAAUUGGCAACCCUGGGAACUUACCUCCAAUGGAUACAAAAAUCUGCCACUUUUGUUUAAUCCGACCCCGUAGCUCUUACCGUUUCGAAGAUAGCAAUAGUACUAGUAGUACCUAUAUCACUUAAAACGGCCACAGUUGAUUUUGCAUCUGUGAGUAUGUCUAAACAUUUCUCUCUGAGAUCUCUUACAUAGGUUAGACAUACUUUUUCAAUGGUUGGUAUGUAUUACAAAGUUCAUUGGUCAGGUUUAAGUAUUUUAUUUUAGUUUAGUAAUCACCAGAGCAAAUUUCAUUGGUUCAAAACAGUCAGAAAACUAUAGUUUCAACCAAUGAAAUUCACUCUUCACUCUGACUGGUUUUGUGAUUUCUGCAGAAAAAGACCUAAUAUUCUAGUAUCUACAUUAUUUUAGCUAAUAUCCGGCUGUUAUAUUAUUUGAUGAAUAAUGACAAAUUACAUAAAAGUCAGUUAAAUACAAAAUAAUUCCCUAGGGCGUUAUGCUAGAAAAUAACGCCCUAAGGCAUUAUGACUAUUUUAGUAACCUACAUUAUGAAGUUAUGACUUUUUUCCAGGUAAAUGCUAGACCUUGAUUUCUUUUAAAUUAAUUUAUUCAAAAUUUUCUCAUAUAAAAAAUAAUUAGUCGGACAUUAAGCGUUGAAGACAUCAGAAGCUAGACAUACUUUUUUAAUGGUUGGUAUGUAUUAUGAGGUUCAUAGGUUAGGUUUAGGUAUUUUCUUUUAGUUUAGUAAUAUUCUUGUCGCCAGUUUAGUACUUUCUUGUUGCCUGGCCUGGGGCCCUGCGGAGCCCCCAAGAUCACGAGGCCCCCCCGCAACUGCGGGCCCUUAGUUACGCCACUGGCAUCUUCAGAUUUAAUAAAUGUCAAGAUUCAAAACGGAAAUGGAUUUUAAAUGGAUCGAUACCUCAUUUAGCAUGAUCGACAAAAGUUUCAAAAAUAGUGUUAUCUAUAAUAAUUUCAGUUAUCGACACAAAGCACAUUAUAAAAUUAUUAAAUGACCCAAAAGAGGACCAUCCCACAACAAAACUACAUAAGUGAUUAUUUAAUGGGUAGCUGGAACUAUUCAGAAGAAUCUGUAUUUUUAAAUGCAAUUUUAAAAUGUUUUUGGGUGAUGUGAUUAAGUGCGCCUCUAUUUAAAAAAUAAUUUAAUUUAGUUAACUUUUUGAAGUGAAUACUUCUUUGGCCGCAUGAGAGUGAUUUUUCAAGGUCGCGUCACGACACGAUUUAUAAAAUUUUCGUCUCGCAAGUGAGAUGAAGCAUAUGAAGAAUAUGAGGGAGAGAGAGAGAAAGAGAUCGAUAAAUAAGUAUUCACUUCUAUCACGUGUACUGUGCUGCACGCGACUUUUUUUUGUACCCUAUCACUACAAUGAAAAAUUUUACAAGAUCUCUAAAGAUUACAAGACCGCAUCCCUGCCAAACUACAAUUCUAAUGUUAUAUCUAACCUACCUUGUAACAUAAUUCACUGUCAAUAAAAACCGGGGAAUCGUACAUUCAAGAAUCCCAGUUCUUUGUGCAUGCAUUAUUUGUGCUGCCACGUAUUUAGGUUCUAAAAGAUUCAAAGCAUUCUCGAAUCUGACAAAAGGUUUUUUGCAAAGUCCUGUAUCAACCAUAUAGGGGCAUACACUAGUUAGUUUAACAUUAUUGUAAGGGUUCCAAUUCAAUUCGUCCAUCAACGAUUCCAUUAAUCCUCUCACAGCAAACUUUGAUGCGCAAUAUGGAACCAAAUUUGGUAAUCCAGCUAUUCCAGCUACCGAUGAUAGUGCUACAAUAUGGCCGUGAUUAUUUUUCUUCAUGGCUGGCAGAAAAGCUUCAAUGGU